CCUCCCGCUGACGUCACUGAACGCCCAGCCAGAGUCGGGAAACUUACAAAGAGAGUAAAGAUGGCGCAGCAGUUCGCGAAGGCCCAGAUCAAAGGGGACAAAGUGGUGGUCUUUCUGAAGCCAUCAUGUCCCUACUGUGUCAUGGCUGAGGACAUCUUGUCCAAGUACCAGUUCAAGCCUGGCCAUUUGGAGAGCAUUGAUAUCAGUGGACGCAGCGACAUGGACAGCCUGCAGGACUAUUUCCUGGAAAUCACCGGAGCCCGAACGGUCCCGCGGGUGUUCAUUGGUGAGAAGUGUGUGGGAGGCGGAAGUGACGUGGAAGCGCUGCACAGGAGUGGGAAGCUGAAGGGGAUGCUGGAGUCUAUUGGGGCCCUUCAAUGAUCUGCUCCAGACUUUCAGGGUUGAGGCGUCCAGAUGUGGUCACAUGACUAGGCAGCGGGACUUUCGAAGUUUGCGCCUUUGCUGCUGGUACUCGCUGAGCUCCUGCAGGUACCCUCUGGACGGCCAGCGGAGCCUCUCCACCUGCUCACGCUCCUCCUCUGGAAGAAGCAAAAGCAAAAAGGACACAAACUAGUUACCUGCUCCAAACACAAAUAUAUGACCACAUUAUCAUAAAGACCAUUAAAGGGUUGUUUACAGAGCUUGGCCAAUACUCGGAUACAUUAAUAAGUUCCAUAAAAUAUCUAAUCAUUUGUUUCCAUGAAUAAACCGCAGCGAGAGUGUACCCUUCAUUACCCGUCCAAUAGCAUAAAUGAGUCCUGUUUGACUGAUGAAGACAAUAAAAAAAACCUUGUGCUUUGCA